GGCGCUGAGGGAGGCGGUGUCCCGACCGCUCCCGCCUUCCUCCCCUCCCCUGGGCGGCCCCGCGGUGGGAGUCACGGGGCGGGCGGGCCGCUGCCAUGGAGCUGCCUGCCGUCAGCCUCAAGGCCAUCAUUCUGGUGCACUGGCUGCUCACAGUGUGGGGAUGCAUGAAUAACUCGUUUCCAGCCUCCUAUGCUUGGGGGAAUUUCAGUGUCCUUGCAGUGGGGAUCUGGGCCAUUGUGCAGCGCGAUUCCCUUGAUGCCAUCGUGAUGUUCCUGACCGGCCUGCUGCUCACGGUCCUCACAGACAUCAUUCACAUCUCUGUCUACUACCCUCUGCGUGGUUAUCCCAGCGAUGUGAAGCGUUUCAGUAUGGGCAUGGCCAUCUUCAGCCUCCUCCUGAAACCUGGAUCCUGCUACUUUGUGUAUCGAAUGUACCGGGAGCGUGGAGGGGACUACAUCUUCAACAUAGACCUGGAGUCCUCGUCUGACAGCCAGUUUGCCUACAGUGGUAUUGAUGUCACUGCUGUCACUCUUACUCAGUUAACUCAGGUCUCAACCGUGCAGGCCGGGACCGCAGUGCCUAUGAGACAAUUGAUCAGCAGGAAAGCUCUCCGCUGUGGCCUGACUCAAGCAAGACAGCUCAGCAUCCAUAUUGAGGCCCUUGUCUGCAGCAGAACGGACACCUCCCUCCCUCAGUCCAGCCUUACGCUCCUCCCAUGUCUGUUCUGAUGAAACAAGACCUUCUACUGAGCAAACAGGAGAGGAUCUGAUUUGACUUUUCUUUUUCCUUCCUGAAGAUUAGGCAGAGGGGUUCCUGGAAUGAGCCCAGAACAUCUCAGAUAACUUUAAGCUCUGUGACUCUUUGUGAUUCCAACACACUGCUUUCCUCCCUCCCCCUAAAUCCCUCCUCUGUAUGUGCAAGUGG